GAGUUACCAACAUUAUAAACAAGUCCUCCAUUUUUUGAGGCAGCUGAUAUUUGUUUUAAAGUUUGUUCUUACAAAUUUUAUUCGAUAACUGUACCAAAAUGGGUGCUUCGUUUGUUCCCAUCACCGUUUUCACCGUUCUGUGGGGCAUAGUCGGUAUCGUAUGUCCCAUUUUCGCACCUAAAGGACCUAAUAGAGGAAUCAUCCAAGUGGUGUUAAUGUUAACGGCUGCAACGUGUUGGUUGUUCUGGCUGUGUGCUUAUAUGGCGCAGAUGAACCCGCUUAUUGGGCCCAGACUGAGCAAUGACACAUUGAUCUGGAUCGCUCACACCUGGGGCAACCCGUUAGAAGCUGGCACCAAGUAAAGAAGUGGUUGAGUUAAAAAAAUAAAAAAAAAUAAAAUGUUUCUAAUAUAAAUGUCGAUAAAUAUAAAUUUUUAUGUUAAGAUUACUACACUGAUAAAUAUAUGCUGGAUAGGUCGCUGAUUGGAAAUGACAGCUUUUGCUUCGUUUCCACUAGUUGAAGCCACUAUCAGUUUAAUAGUUUCCAACACCACUACUAACCGCUACAAUCAAUCAAAUAGGCACAAAAUAUCAUGGCCUAUAGCCUAUCCAGGUAUAUAGAGGUCAGUUAACUUCAAUAUAAAAUGAUCAUGUUUUAUUAGAAGGGACAAAGGCAAACUGGUUGUACAGCCACCAACCAUCGCAAAGUUUAUCGACCUUAGUAUUUAAAAUAUUUUUCUUUUUAAGGUGCUAAUUUCUUUUAAUAAUUCGACUUGUAAAGCGUUUAUUGAAAAAAAUGAAAUGUUUCUUUAAACUUUAAAAAGUUAAUCAUUCCAUACUGAACGAAUACUUGUUCGAAUUGCAAAGCGUUUUUACAUUAAGUGUAAUUAUUUAUUAUCUGUGUAAAAUGUAUUGAAUUCUAGAUAAUUUGCUUAAAUAAAAUAAUAGUCAUUA